GGAGAUGACUUUCCGGCUGCAUUGGCAUGGCGAGCAUGGCGGCGGUGGUGGGGUAGUGAGGAGUCGUCCUGUACUCCUCUCUCUUCCCCUCGGUUUCUCAGCUGACAUUUGUACCCAGGUGCUGCGGGGUAGAUCACCCACGAGACCGACUCCCUGCAGCGGCGAGGAUGGACGCGGACGACCCGUACGAGAGCUUGCCGAAGGAGAGCAGCUUGGCGGCGCAUCUUGGAGCUGGCGCGCUGGCAGGCAUGGCCGAACAUUGCAUAAUGUACCCCGUGGAUUCUGUCAAGACGCGUAUGCAGAGCAUCAUCCCCGAGCCCGGCGCGAGAUACCGUAGUAUCGCGCACGCCUUCAAAACCAUCAUCCGGCAGGAGGGGCUGCUGAGACCGGUGCGCGGGGUGAGCGUCGUGGCGGCCGGAGCGGGACCGGCCCACGCGCUGUACUUCUCCUGCUACGAGCAGAUGAAAAAGACUUUAGGUGGCAACAGUCGUGGGAUGGAGCCUGGACACUACCCCAUCGCCAACGGUGCGGCAGGGUGUAUAGCAACAGUGUUCCAUGAUGCUUCCAUGAACCCAGUAGACGUUGUGAAACAGAGACUGCAGAUGUACGGAAGUCCGUACAAAGGUGCAAUAGACUGCUUCCGGACUGUUCUACGGACUGAAGGGGUGGGGGCGUUCUACAGGAGCUUCACCACACAAUUGACAAUGAACCUCCCCUUUCAAAGCAUCCACUUCAUGGUGUACGAGUUCAUGCAAGAGACUUUCAACCCGUCACACGAGUACAACCCGGAGACGCAUCUCGUGUCGGGGGCGAUGGCGGGCGCGGUCGCCGCCGCAGUCACCACCCCAUUGGACGUUUGCAAAACGCUGUUGAACACGCAGGAGAAGAGAGUACGCAAUAAGAAAGCUGCAAUCUCGGGGAUGGUGGAUGCCUUCAGAACGGUUUAUCGCGUGGGGGGCUUCUUCGCAUACUUCAAGGGGGUGCGGGCGAGAGUCGUGUUCCAGAUGCCGGCCACCGCCAUCUCGUGGUCCGUGUACGAGCUGUUCAAACACCUGAUCACCAAUCAGCAGCGAUCGGCCUUGUACGCGAAGGAGAGCGGGCGGCGGGAGCCUAAACAGGACCUUGUGCUCCUAAGGCAAGACAAGAUGUCGCUAGCUGUCAAGUGAACGUUGUUUCUACAUAACAUGUGGCAAGAUACUGUGUUCUGAGUGUCAAAGAUAUUAUGUAUGUGUCUCAGCAGUUCUGGGCGAUUCGAAAACUAAAACAAAAGUUGACACGAGCUGAUCUGAACAGGUUGUUGUUUUGAUUCCCUCUCUUUCAGCCCUUCUAACUUUCAAGUCAAAUAAGGGACAAUGCAGCUUUAAAAACUAACUCACAAUGGGAAUUUUUGGCAGCCCAUGGGUUACAGAAAUCAAAUAUAAACAACAAAGGGGUCACUGUACAUGUACUCCAUACGAGAAGUUCUUGCCAAUCACAGAAUCGUCACUUGAGCCAUGAGCAUUGUUGAGAAACAUUUCACCCAAACUGUCGUCUCCAAAUAUUCCUUAGUUUGUCCAAGAUCUCAUGUUCAACUGUCCAAAACUUUCCCAGAGUUCGCCUGCCUUUUCCAUACAACGUUCCUUUGUGAGGUCACACCAUGUCCUUAGCUUGGAGAUGAGAGCAUUUUAAAGUGUUAUAGCUAGAUUUACACCUCAAGGAAUUACUCAAAAUACCACUUGGCAGCCUUGUGAAUUAUGCUGGUAUUUACACUCUCACAGUAACACGUUUACACUAAAAUUCGAAAAGUUGUCCAUACAGGGUACAUAAUUAGUCCCUCUUAUUGAUUCAAUUAAAGUAUCUUUACUUAAGAAUUAGAAUAAACCACAAAAUGUCGAUAUAGCAAAUGUGUAGGAAUUUUUUUGUCAUAGUUCACAUUCAUUCUAAAACUUGUGUAUGGAACAAACCAAUGCUCUCAGACCCUGUUGAGUACGUCGUGAUGAUCUACUUCAGCAUUUUUCUUUUUACAUCUGAGGACAAAUUGCAUUGGUGUGGCCUAAUCCUUGUCUUAGACAAAAUGAUCAGGGCAAUGUUGAAAGAGAUGUGGAAUAAGAAGUUAUUUUUGCAGAAAGUGUAUGUAUCCAUCUAUAGUUAUAUACAUAUAUACAUAGAGGCUAAAUAGAUAAUGAUUGGUUACUAAAGAGUUUGACAAUAGACAAAGUGCUGGAUAAUCAAAGUUAUGAGAGGAAAGUACAUGUAAUGGAAAGUGGAUUUUUGAAAGUUAAUUUGACAUUUGGAAAAGAGAAAGUAGCUUUGUGCCUUUUGGAAGUAGUGUUACACUGAACACUGAAGGGUUUCUGCCAUUUCUACAAGUGUAAGGAAUUUGGAAAUUGAGGAAUUGGUUAUGGGAGUACAAUGAAUUUAGAAAGUUGGUUUAGAACCUUGGUGAAGGAAAAUAUAUGUAUACAUUUCAAGCCAGUAUCAUACUGUCUUCACAAAUUUCAGCAAUUUGAAUUCAACCAGUCCAGACCUUGUCUUGGAUACAAUUUAAGAUUAAGGAUCAUUUUCUUUUCACAAACUCAGUCAAUGUCUUGUACAAAGCAGCUUCAGGUGUUUUGUAAUUCAUCGCUCCUUCGUCUUCUCAGCACCUGUUUUACCUCAAUAUCUGCUGCCCCUCUUUUAAUUUUCUUGGCCUGGUCACUUUAAUUUGCAUUGAAUUAUGUGGCUUAAGAAGAUGGCAGGAGCAAUUUGACACAAAAUUCUAUAGUCAUAUAUGGUUAAGACACAAGAUUAACAAGACAGAAACUUGUAAAGAAAUCAACAUUCAUUAAUACAAGUGGUUUCGCCAGGUUAUUACAUAGAUAACACACAACCUAAGGGAUUUUUGUUGUACCAAUAUUUUGGUAGUCCUAACCUAGUACCUACAUGUGUACUUCUGGGUAAUACGACUACAUCCUUCGAAACCUGGAUUUUUCGUUAGAUUUUUGGUCAACGUUAGAUCAGAAUUUUGCCAGUUGCAUAACAUUUGAAAACACAUUGGUAUACAACUACAAGCUUAGUCCCCUUUUGGGACUGCAUGCAUCUCACAAAAGCGCCACCUACAUGUAGCAGUUGGAAGUAAAAUGUCAGAAUUUCUCUGACAGACUUGGACAGACAAAUCCCUUUGGUUGUGAAAUAGAAUUGUUAACCAGUAUCAAGAAAUCGCUGUUAUCUAAUUAUUGUAACUUACAGUAAUCGAACACUGAAUUUGCUUUGUCCCAUAGCAUUGGUGAUAAACUUUUUCAUUUUGAAGUUCAAUGUUCCACUGUCACCAAACACUUCCACAUGCACAAAAAAAAUAAAGUCAUAAUUAUGAUAUAUGUAAUUAUAGAAAAUGGAAAUAACAACAGAGUUGACAAGAUGGAAGAAAGCAAUGCAUAGCAGAAAUUGUUUGUUUUUAAUGUUUUAAUGGUAGGUACUUGAAAAAUCUAUUCAUGUAUAUGCUGGAAUUUGUUUCCCGAAUUUCAGAAUUGAAGUCACGAUUGUAUAAUUGCAGAUAAUUUUAAACAUGGACAAGAAAUGUUGGGAAAGUCUUGUGUCAAAUAAAUAUAAUUUGGAAUCUGAA